GCAGGGAAAAGUUUCACGAAAAUGGCUCCUCAUUUUGUUGACUUUUCUGUCGUUGGUUGCAAAGCUUUUACUCGUGAACCACAAAAACGCUGCAAUCGGUCAAAGCGUCAUUUAGAAUUUGAUGGUUUGGAAAAGCCAUCUAAACGGCGUCGCUCAGUUGGUUGCACUGAUGCAGCAGAAACGCCAGUCGCGAAGGAGAGGUCGAUUGAAAGCAUCAUUGCUGCCGUUGAGCGUUUGUCUACAGAACCUCGCCUCGUGGCCGACGGGUCACGUGAGAUCACACUGCCAACGAUAUCAGGAAAACACAAGGAUCUGAAUGCUAUCACACCGGAAACAAUGUCACGUGUUCUUGAAGGUUCGUACGAUGACAGUGUUGAUCAACUGACUGUAAUUGACUGCAGAUAUCCCUAUGAGUUUGAAGGAGGACAUAUCAAGGGAGCUGUCAACCUCUUUACAAAGCAAGCGAUUAAGGACUUCAUACACAACUCCGUGACGUCAUCAGAAAAGAAUCACGUGCUUAUUUUCCAUUGCGAGUUUUCUUCCGAAAGAGGUCCGAAAAUGUAUCGGCAUCUGAGGUCGCUGGAUCGAGAAAUAAAUAUCGACACGUACCCGAAACUGAAUUUUCCCGAAAUGUAUCUCCUCGAAGGUGGAUAUAAAGCGUUCUACGAAUCCGAGCGCAGCCACUGUUUUCCACAGUCAUACAAACCCAUGUUACAAAAGGAGCAUUCCGCAGAUCUACGUCACUUCCGUGUUAAGUCAAAGUCCUGGGCAGCGGGAGACAAUCCACGUCAUCGAACAUGUUCAUCCGGAAAUGCAACUAAACUGUGCUUUUAGGAAAUGAAAAACAUUACGUCAUCAAUACCUGUUUUCGUUAUUCUUGUUAUAUAACAUUAUUUUACAUAUAUAUAAAUUUGUUAUUGAUUGCUUUCGGAUAAUCAAUUAUUGGUUAUGAAUAAAACUAUACAAUAUAAA